AUGUUCUUUAGAGCCUUUGCGUCUUUAUCGUCGUCACUAGCUAUUUUUGACCCUAUGGUCUCAAACUUCCCGGUGUGUCGUAAACACCUAUCUCUUGGGUCGGUUUCUUCCCGGCAGCAAUAUACGAUUCCAUUCAUUGUCCAGCAGAAAACACUUGACUGUUCACAUUCCACGUCGUCAAAGUCCACACGGACAUGGAAUACGGUCGGGAACCUGAAGAUGCAAAGUACUUCAUGGGCCACCACUGCACGUUGGAUGGCUCAUGCCAGGGGAUGGACAUGGCACCGGGGCAAUGGGAAGGCGGGGGUCGAACCAUAA